UUUCCAAUAUUUUUAGAUUAAGGUUAAGAAUCUUUUUACAAUUUCUUGAGGGGUGUUAUGCCAUGCCUUAAGAACACGAAUUAGAUUAUCAUCCAAAGGGUUAAUGUUAUUGGACCUUACUCUGCUUUUCUACAAAUGGAAUGCACUUUCUUUGUUAGUUUGUCCACCAGACUUAUGGGUUUCUCUCUUUCUCUUCUUCUCAUCUUCUCUGUCAUAUUUUCCAAUGUUGUUACAGGGAAUGCAUUCAAAGGAACUUAUGGAGUAAACUAUGGUAGGAUAGCAGAUAAUUUACCUUCACCACGCAGCGUGGUGACACUUCUCAAAGCUGCAAAGAUUAAAAAUAUUAGAAUCUAUGAUGCUGAUCAUGAAGUCCUCAAGGCCUUCAAAGGUUCUGGCAUUGAAAUAAUUGUUGGACUUGGCAAUGAGUAUUUGAAAGAGAUUAGUGUAGGCGAGGAUCGUGCGAUGUAUUGGAUCAAAGAAAAUGUGCAGCCCUUCCUUCCCGGAACUAAAAUUGUUGGAAUUGCUGUAGGAAAUGAGAUCUUGGGGGGUGAUGACCAUGCGCUCUGGGAAGUUUUGCUGCCUUCUGUGAAAAAUGUUUAUGCUGCUCUUCGGCAGGCGGGUUUGGGAAAAUCUGUUGCUGUCUCUAGUCCACAUUCUGAGGCUGUUUUUACCAAUUCCUACCCACCAUCUGCAUGCGUUUUCAGGGAAGAUGUUCUUAUUUACAUGAAGCCAUUGUUGCAAUUCUUCUCACAGAUUGGUUCUCCUUUCUACAUUAAUGCCUACCCUUUUCUAGCCUACAAGAGUGAUCCUGAGCAUAUUGACAUUAACUAUGCUCUUUUCAAAUCCAAUUCUGGAAUUGUAGAUGCAAAGACUCAUCUGCACUAUGAUAACAUGUUUGAUGCUCAGAUUGAUGCAGCUUAUGCUGCACUGGAAAAGGCAGGGUUUCCCAAGAUGGAAGUCAUUGUUUCUGAAACUGGGUGGGCUUCUAGUGGAGAUGCAAAUGAAGCAGGUGCUACAAGGCAACAUGCAAGGACUUACAAUUAUAAUCUUCGGAAACGGCUAGCUAAAAAGAAGGGGACUCCCUAUAGGCCUAAGACUGUGGUGAGAGCUUAUAUUUUUGCAUUGUUCAAUGAGAAUUUGAAGCCUGGGCCAACUUCUGAGAGACACUUUGGAUUGUUCAACCAUGAUGGGAGCAUGUCAUAUGAUAUUGGAUUCACUGGACUUAAAGAAUCAUCAGCAGUUUCAUCUCUUCUUUCUUUCAAGGAAAGUUGGCUGGGGUCUUCCCAUUCAUUAGCUUUUGCAACCUGCACAACAGUUCUGCUAUUAGUUUUAGCUUCAUAAUUGGUGACAAAAAGUAUUGAGCUUCUUUUAUCCAUGUUCAAUAUGAUGGUGCAGCAGCUCAAGGAAAAAACUCCAGGUUCUUGAAUUUACUAAUGUAGUUGUAACACAUCAAUUUGUAACCAAUUCAUUCGUUGUUCUCGGACAGACAAUUAAUUGUUGAAUCAAAAUUGAUUCACUGAAAAAUUGCUGAUUGUUUUUUCAAUUAUCUUCAGCAAUGCACCAGUCUUGUAAAUAAAAUUGAAAAAGAAGCUAUUGUUAUAAA